AUGAAUCGUAUUCUAUCAUUUUUGACUGUAUUUCUUGUAUUUGUUGGAUAUUCCGCCGCUCGUUUCUCCUGCGGUAACGAUGUUCUUCAGUCCGGAUUCGCUGAACUUAUAGUCGCCAACGACUGCAAAGGCCGACUCCGUCAGUUGCGAAAUUUAAAAAAAAACGCCAACUUUUCUUUUUUCCAGAGAAAAUGGAUUUAUGUUGUUUCAACCACAGAAAAUGCUACGAGGCGCAGAACAAGCGGGAGACGUGUGAUGAGCAAUUCUGCGCCUGCGCCAAGAACGCCGCUGAAAAACUACCUCUCUGCGAUGUUAGUUUUUAUUUCAUUCUGAGCGCAAUUCCAUGAAAACAGAAACGCUCGAUGGCGGAGUUUUUUAAAAAAUCUGAGUUUUGCAGUUGCAUGCCAACAACUUUUGCAAUACGGCGAAGAACUUUGGGGCUGCAAAUUACCCUCGACCUGGCUAA